AGCUUAAUUAAUCAGCGCAUCACACACUCCAGCUAGAGUCACUGAUACUACUACAAGAGUAGAGCUAGCUAGCUAUAGCUCGCAAACCCUAGCAAUGGCGGCUGCUGCAAGAGCUAGCACCGGCGGCGCCAAUGGCGUUGCGCCACUGGUGUUCGCCGCCGUCGUCGCGGCGGCCGUGGUUCUCGCGGCGAGCCCCGGCGCGGCGCAGAGCAGCGGCGGCGGCGGCAGCAGCUGCAUGACGGAGAUGAUCAGCCUGGCGUCGUGCCUGGGCUACAUGUCCGGGAACUCGUCGGCGCCCAAGCCGUCGUGCUGCACGGCGCUGUCCAGCGUGGUGACGUCCAAGCCGGAGUGCCUCUGCAUGGUGCUCGGCGGCGGCGCCUCCUCGCUCGGCGUCACCAUCAACAACACCCGCGCGCUCGAGCUCCCCGCCGCCUGCAACGUCAAGACCCCUCCGGCCAGCCAGUGCAGCACUGUCGGCGUGCCGAUCCCGUCUCCGACAGCGCCGCCGGCGUCGACCACGAAGACCCCACCAGCGGCACCGGCGGUGCCAACUGAGACUCCUGCAGGAACCGGCGGCUCCAAGGCGACUCCGACGACGGUGACCCCCGGUCAGCAGAGCAGCGGGAGCGUCGGCAAGGCGGCGUCCAUGGCGGCCGUCAUUGUUUCUGUUGCAUUUGCACUGAUCCAUGCCUGAUUUCUACAUGGAUUGUGAUCUGUUUCUACCAUGUAUGUUCUUAAAUCUGCUUUAUAAUUGUUAUGUUGCGCAUAUUUUGUAUUUUUGUUGAAUUGUGUGGACUAUGCCAUCAAUUUCUUGAUGCUAUUUUUAUGAGUCUUUGGUUGUUGUAAUCAUUAUAUGUAUCAUAUUAUUUAUUUUAUGAGAUCACUGAAGAGUAUUGGA